AUGGAACAAAGUUAUUACAAUCGUAGACGUGCGUUUAUAGAAUCUCAAAUAGAAUUAAUUGAACAUGAAUUUACGCCUUCAGAAAAAUGGUUAUCUAAAGCUCAAAAUGCAAAUGAUAAAAUUCCAUUAACCAUCAUUGAUUCGCAACUUCAAUACCUCUGGGAUCAAAAACGUAAAGAUGCUUUAGAAGGACGUGUUAGAGUUGAAAGUCGGGAAAAUUUUGAUGAUUUAAAGUGGAUUGAAUCAUUUCCUGAGGAAUGGCCGCAGAAUUCAAAUUGUGAACUGGAUGAUGAACAAUUAGAAAGGUAUGCCCAAUUACGUACACGUGUCCACAAAAUACAGGAAGAAUAUAUUGCUAUUAAAGAGAAAUAUAAUCAUUACGAGUCAUCAAUCCAGCAAAAUAUAAUCACAAAGAAUGCUCCGGUAAUUAAUGAAAUCAAAAAAAUGCGAGUUCUUGCUGCAGAGUACUUUGCAGAGGAGAUCAGAAUGCCUAAAUAA